AUGAGUCAGGAAACAGAAAAAGAAUCGUCUUCAAGUGCAGAUGACCAGGGAGCGCAGUUAAUAACUUCAUUGAGGAAUGACGCCAACUUAGACCUUUCAGCUGACGAGGAGUACGAGGACCUUCGAGCUGAGCUCUUGGCCUACAACACAGCACUCGCUUCCCUCACUCCCACGCGUAGAGCGAUAAAAGGUACGGAGUGUUGGAAGCGAAAAGGUAUUUGCGUCAAGAUGAACCUGUGUGAGGGCCUCCCCUAUUUAUCGCUAGUACCUGGCUGCAGAAGCAACAAAGAAGUGUGUUGCUUGGCGUGGAACAAGUUUAUAGUUAAAGACCUGAAACACCUCGGUAUCGGUAAAAGAUACGAGUUUGGUGGCGGCCAAGGCAUUAUAUUGAAAUGGAAGGAGAAACCAGUUGACUUACAGAAAAUCGUGGAUUCCCCAGCAUGUAAACUAAAAACCAUGUUACUGUUCGGCGGUGGCAUUAUUGUGUUAGUUGUUUCAAAUGUGGGAGGUCUAAAUGGAAAUAUGGUGGUAAACGGAAUGUUAAACCAACCCAUCGAUAUAUCUAGUGGCUACAAAGAUGUAUUCCUUCCUGGAUUGAGUGGGAAACCAGCGCUUGGAACGACUGCGUUGACCUGCUGGGCACGUGGCGGCAUCUGUGUGGACAUUAAAGAAUGCCCCUCACUUAAUAUGGACAUAAGUGUUGCCGGUUGUGCUUGGGGCUACAAAGUAUGUUGUAAGGUCCACGAGCUCCUUUCUCCGACCGUGAAUGCCCGCAGAAGAUACGCCAUACCUGUCAUAAGCAAUAUCGAUGAAUUGGGAACCUCGUUGGACAUUAUCGCACUUAGGAACUCUAUGCUCCUAUCGAGCUGGCAAAAUGAUAAAAAACCAGAAACCGACCGUGUACACUUGGAGAAUUUAUUUAAUAAAUAA